UAAAAACGAUAAGCCACACAAGAGGCUAGAGACAACGCCUUUUGUCUCAUCUACAUCGUUUCUCACUCACCUAUCAUAACUUCAUAACUCAUAUCCACUCUUUUUAUUAUAACACUCAAAACAGUUUUUGUAACUUCGAUCUCCAAACCGGCAAAAACAUUCGGGGGUUCUUCUUUCUUGUCCAGAUUCAUCUUCCGUUUUAGCCGUCCAGACAAAACCGUGAUCAUUCUUCUUUUAUACAAUCCAAAAGUUUAGGUUCAGAUUCUUCAAGCCCUUUGUUUAAAAAAAAAUGGUGUGCGUGGUUUCUCGUACUGGUCGUCAGUUCCAAAGGUACAACAAGGGACGCCGUCAAGUCGUAGGGUGUAUUCCGUAUAGACUCAAGAUUUCGACAGAUGGCACGAUCAGCGACGAAUUUGAAGUUUUGGUUAUCUCAUCACAGAAGGGUCAUGCUCUAAUGUUCCCAAAGGGUGGUUGGGAGCUUGACGAAUCUGUAGAAGAAGCUGCUUCAAGAGAGUCUUUGGAAGAAGCUGGAGUUAUUGGAAACGUUGAGAGACAACUUGGAAAAUGGGAUUUCUUGAGCAAAAGCAGAGGAACAUUCUAUGAAGGACUAAUGUUCCCGAUGCUUGUGAAAGAAGAGCUUGAGCUUUGGCCUGAACAACAUCUUCGUCAAAGAAUGUGGAUGAAAGUAGAUGAAGCAAGAGAAGCUUGUAGAGAUUGGUGGAUGAAGGAAGCUUUGGACGUUUUGAUCCAUAGGCUUUCUUCAUCACCAUCAAUGAAGCCAAUGGAAGAAGAAACGAAGAUUCCAUUGAUCUCCACCUGCUGAAAUGAAGACUAAUCUCAUGUGCACGUGAUUAUUAUUAUUAACAUCUUAUGCCAGAGCAACGAGAUGAUUGUAGAAUUUUAGGUGUUUGACGCAAGACUACACCAUGUGAACUCGAGCGACCGACAGAUACGUGGCCACGUGGGGUUAGUUUGAACUUAACGUUUCGUGAUUGUUUUAAUAUAAUGCUUGUGCAACUGCUUAAGAUGGGAGAAAGAAGAUUAAAAGAAAGUAGAGGCCGCAAACAAAAUUGUAAAGUUAUAUUUCCUCUCUUUGUAUCUCUUCCCAUCUUCGUAUAUGAUCGGAGUCAUUUUACAAUGUAACUAUGAUCUAAAUAAACUAAUGAAAGAUUAUAAUAUGUAGAAGCUGAAUUUUCACAAGAAA